CAUUGAAAUUAAAUUUCCAAAAGGCAAGUUAGAGAUGGAUAUUUAUUUGCCGGCCCUUAGCUAACGCACAAAUCACACGCAUGACACGGCCACAACUACGAACCACAUGCAAAACUUAAAACGUAUAUAUUCUCAGGUCCUCCUCCUCCUCACAUCCGACCAUCGGAUAUCAGCUACAAACUAGCUUCAUUGUGAUCAAAUUCUCAAUCACAAGGACAAGAAGCCCAAAAAAAAAAAAGAAGAAGAAGAGUAGCUAGAGUUUUAUAUAUGGCCAGAGCUGAGCAGAAACAGGCCUUUACUAGCUCAUAUUCAGCGAUAAGAGAGCAUGAACAAGAAGGCCUGCAUCAUGACCGGGUGGAGGAGGAGGUAGCUUCCCCAAGUGGAUGCUGCUGCUGCUGCUGCUUUGGAUUUGGAGGUUGGAAAAGAAGCAAUCAAGAGAGCAAAUAUUUGCUGCGAGAGAAUAGCGGCCAUGAGGAAUCCUGGUUCGUGGACAAGCUGAAGAACAUGAAGGAAUAUUCAGAGGUUGUGGCGGGACCUAAGUGGAAGAACAUUGUCAGGAAGAUCGGAAAGUACGUCAAGCCCAAGAAAUCUACGACUCAAUCCAUGUACACCCCAAACAGCUAUGCACUCAACUUUGAUGAUGGCGAAGAGGAGGAGGAGGAGGAUGAUUUGUUCGUCAGUUUUUCAUCAAGAUUUUCUGCUCCUUUAUCUAGCAAUCAACAGAGAACGUCUGCGAGUCCUUGAUGAUCAUCAAAUGUGCGUGUGAAAUAUUAUUGUAUUUAAUUAUAUUACUGUCUUACAGAAAUGCAGCUUCUUCUCUUUUGUGAUCGUUGGUUAUUUAGUGGUUGCUGGUUUUCUGUUAACUCAUUGAUUGAUAA